GUUGGUUGUCAAGAGAAACAAGCAACAAGAAGCGGUUCAUUCCUUGGAGUGUUUGUAGCUGAAUUUAUUUUCAUUCACAGUUUUUGAAUAGUGUAUUGAUUUAGUGUCCUCUAUCAAAUUAAAACAUGGCAGACGAAGAAUUUGAUGAUAACGAUGUAGCAGACGAUUUCGAAGAUGAGGUUGAAGAUGAUGAGGAAAUGGAACAAGCCGAAGAAGAAGGCGACAACGUUGAAGUACUGGCUCCAGGUCAAGCUGGAGGAGCAGUUCCGAAAGAAAAACGAAUCACGUCUAAAUACAUGACAAAGUAUGAAAGAGCCAGAGUUCUAGGUACAAGAGCACUCCAGAUAUCGAUGUGUGCUCCAGUCAUGGUUGAAUUAGAUGGCGAAACCGAUCCACUACAAAUUGCAAUGAAAGAAUUGAAAGAACGAAAAAUUCCUAUCAUCAUAAGGAGGUACCUACCAGAUAAUUCGUAUGAAGAUUGGGCAAUCGAUGAGCUGAUUAUAGUAGAUCAUUGAAACAAUAUAUGUAUAUAUAGGUUAAGUAAUAAAUGUUAUUCUUUUA